AUGCCCCCUUUUAUCCCAACGAAACGCUCGCUGUCUCCUCAAGAGCAACCGCAAACCUCGCCACCUGCCAAACGCCGCGCAGUCGAUAAGCAGGCCGUGGAACCCAUCGACAGCUCCGAUUCGUCUCUUAGCGAUGCUUCCAGUGAAGAGGAAUGGGUCGAUGUCCAAAGGAAUCCAGUAAAUCUAGGCGAGAAUGGCGGCAAUGAGGAUAAAGACGAGCAUGACGACGACAGCGUGGACUGGGAGGAUGCCAUGGACACAGCCACUACCACCCCUGGUGGCCAGCCAGCUGAAGAUGUCGCGAUCCAAGACCUAGAACUCACCCUGGAUCCUACGGCGAAUGUCCCUGUGACCAGUCUGCUUGACACGAAAAAGGGCCCCUCCAAGAUCGAGCGUAUCAUCCGAUUGAAUACACACAGGUUGCAUGUGCAAUGCUUACUUUUCCACAAUGCUAUCCGCAAUUCUUGGAUCAAUGACGCCAAGGUCCACGACUUACUCAAAGCGCAACUGCCCGCAGGCAUUCAGAAGGAGAUACAGAGAUGGCGAGUCGCAUCGGCGUUAGUUCCCCCACCUCAGAAGGCAACUGACGACCGAUCGAAGGCAAAGGCUGCUAAAAAGAAAGGAUCGAAGAAAAAACAAAAUGAAAAUGCUCGCGAUUGGGGGGAGGAUGCGACGCGCUUAGAACCGGGGCAGCCGGACAUGAGUAACGGCGACCCCAUUCUACAAUUAUUGCGUAUCCUAGCAGCCUACUGGAAGAAGAAUUUCAAGGUCACAGCACCGGGACUGCGCAAAAAUGGCUACCGAACUGCAAUAAAGCUGGAGGAAAUUGUAUCUUCCUUCAAAAAAGAAGAGUAUGACCUGCAUACACACGGAGAGCGAAUCUCUGAUCGACAUGAAUUUCGCACUCUAGCUGAUAAACGGCAAGGCUCGCGAGAUGUCGGUGCACAGCUUUUCACAGCACUUUUACGGGCUUUGGGUAUCGAGGCGCGUCUGGUCUCUAAUCUGCAGCCUCUCGGCUUCGGGUGGACAAAAUCUGAAGUUGACACCUCUGAGACUGGGCAGCAGGAGGAUGUGAAUGGCCGUAAGAGUGUUCCUCAGAGCAGUGAUAGUGAUGAAGAGAUUGAGACAGACGGCGAAAAAAGCAACACGCGAACGGGUUACUCAAAAUCUAGUCAAUUUGAUCGCGAUUUGCCCUUCCCCGUUUACUGGACAGAAGUAGUAUCCCCAAUAACCCACGAAGUGAUCGCCGUGGAUCCCAUGGUGUUGAGCAAUCCAGUGGCUGCCACCCCUGAAAUGGUUGCAGCAUUCGAACCCAGGGGCGCGCUAGCUGAUAAGGCGAAACAAGUAAUUGCUUACGUCGUUGCGCAUUCUCCUGACGGCACGGCUAAGGAUGUUACAACACGAUAUCUUAGACGCCGGACGUGGCCAGGCAAGACCAAGGGAUACCGCCUGCCGAUGGAAAAGUUGGUUUUUAGGACUGCUAAUCGAGGCCAGGCAUAUGCAGUUGACUAUGAUUGGUUUCAGACAACAAUGAGAGGAUACUGCCGCUUCCAAAACCAACGCACGCUUGUAGACGACAUCGAAGAUGCGAAGGAUCUGGUUGCCAAUCAACCGGACAAAAAAGUUACAAAAAAGGAAGGCGAUACUUUACAGAGUCUGAAGGCCUCUACGGAAUUUGUCCUCGAGCGUUUUCUUCGCAGAGAAGAAGCACUAAAACCGGGCGCGAAAGUUGUACGAAAAUUCACCACAGGAAAGGGGAACAAAGCCAAAGAAGAGAAUGUCUAUCGCCGCGCAGAUGUCGUGAGAUGUUUAUCUGCUGAGAGCUGGCAUAAGGAAGGCCGGCGACCAAAGAUCGGGGAAACACCCUUGAAACGGGUACCCAUUCGAGCAGUCACCCUGAUGCGGAAACGAGAGGUAGAAGAGGCCCAGCGCGAGACGGGGAAGAAGCCCCUGCAGGGAUUAUAUGCUAUGUAUCAGACGGAAUUCAUCAUCCCACCUCCCAUUCAAAACGGUGUGAUUCCGAAGAACGAUUACGGAAACAUCGACUGUUUCGUUCCUAGUAUGGUCCCUCGAGGGGCAACUCAUAUCCCCUGGGGCGGAACAGUGCGCAUCUGCAAGAAGCUCGGCAUUGACUACGCCGAGGCAGUAACAGGGUUUGAGUUUGGCAGUAAAAUGGCCGUUCCUGUUAUCGAGGGCGUUGUUGUCGCCGAGGAGAAUGCAGACCUGGUGAAGGACGCGUGGAGAGCUGAUCAAGAAGUCCGCCGCGAAAAGGAGCGGCUGGCGCAAGAGAAACGCAUUUUGCAAACGUGGAGAAAGUUUGUUAUGGGAUUGCGUAUUAUGGAGCGCGUUCAGACCGAGUAUGGCGAGGAUGGGGAUGCUGAAAUCCAGAAUCCGUUUCAGCGGCGACGGCAUGUUGCUCAAUCUACAGACACGGCGGACACACGCCAGGGGAAACAGGAAAACUAUAAGCACGAGCAUCAUCAUGACCAUGAGAACGAACACGGUGAUGAAGCAGAUGAUCACUAUCAUGAGCAGAACGAUGUAGAAGACUACGGUGGAGGCUUUCUGUUGCCUGGAGAAGACGACGAUGGGAACGACUUUGUCGUCGAACACGGGGAUGAACCCGGUCGACAGGCCGCUCACGCGUCAAUGGACAGCGAUAAGGACGAGAGAGAUGAGGCUGAGCCCAUGGACGUGGGUAUGUCUGAUUCAGAAGAGGACUAUAAGCCGCCGCCUCGAACGUCCAAUCGCAGACGCAGACGCGGAGGGUGA